AUGCUAGACGCAGAUUCCACAAUUUAUGCUCUGUCUACAGCACCGGGUAGAGCAGCCAUUGCCGUCGUGCGGGUAUCUGGUCCGGCAUGCGUUUCGAUCUACAAAGCAUUAUGCCCUCAAACUCCGCUCCCGAAACCGCGCUUCGCUACACUGCGCACCCUUUAUGAUCCAGCACAACCAGCCUCCGCUAGCAGCGUCCUGGAUGCCGGUGCCCUCGUGCUCUACUUUCCCGGACCGAAAACUGUCACUGGCGAAGAUGUGCUAGAACUUCAUAUCCACGGAGGACCGGCAAUCGUCAAGGCCGUGUUAGCCGCCAUCUCAAAAACACCCCACCCCGACACGGUAGUCCGGUACGCGGAACCGGGCGAAUUCACGCGUCGCGCCUUUAUGAACGAUCGACUUGGUCUCCCGCAGAUCGAAGCUCUAGGCGAUACAUUAUCCGCCGAUACGGAACAACAACGUCGACUGGCUGUGCGCGGUGCAAGCGAUGCACUGUUGAAACGUUACGAGCUCUGGCGGCAGCAGCUACUAUAUGCGCGCGGCGAGCUGGAAGCACUGAUUGAUUUCUCCGAGGAUCAGCACUUUGACGAGUCGACUGAAGAGCUGGUUUCUUCGGUUGCGGCUCAGGUGCGAGACUUGCAGGUGCAGAUUGGGUUUCAUAUCCAGAAUGCUUCCAGGGGUGAAUUGCUCCGCAAUGGUAUCAAGGUUGCGCUCCUAGGUGCCCCUAAUGCCGGGAAAAGCUCCUUGCUUAAUCGCAUUGUUGGGAAAGAGGCUGCUAUCGUGAGUACUGAGGAGGGCACGACGCGGGAUAUUGUCGAUGUUGGGAUUGAUCUGGGUGGGUGGUUCUGUAAGCUUGGCGAUAUGGCUGGAAUCCGCGCAGAGGCUGGAACUACGCCCGGGACAAUUGUGGGUGCUGUUGAGAAGGAGGGUAUUCGUCGGGCGAGGGCCAGGGCUUUGGAGUCGGAUGUCGUGGUUGUUGUUCUCUCGCUGGAAAACACGUCCCAAGGUGUUCGUCUUUUCGUGGAACCCGAGGUUCUUGACGCGGUCAAUGACUGUGUCAAGGCCGAUAAAUGCCUGGUCAUUGCUAUCAACAAAUGCGACAAGCUCUCAAACGAGAAAGACGAACUUCCGGCUCUGACCGAUUCUAUUCGUGACGUCUUCCCUGCCGUGCCCACAGAUCGAGUCUUCGCCAUCUCUUGCAGUGAAGCACAACGCGGAUCAUCGCCCUCCGUGUCCGAUCCUGGUCAUCUACAAGCGUUCCUACGCGGGCUGAUCUCGACCUUUGAGCAGAUCGCGUCCCCGCUGGGCAUGGAUGGGGAACAAGGCCAAUAUGAUACAUCGUAUUGGGAAGAUUCACUGGGCGUAACUCAUCGCCAAAGCUCGAAUUUACAAAGAUGCCUCCAUCACCUCGACGACUUCCUUUCCCAGUCCACGCCCUCCGAGAGCCCCUCCGAGAACGAUUUCGCCUCCAUUGACGGCGAGAUUGAUAUCGUCACGGCCGCUGAGCAUCUCCGCUUUGCAGCAGAUAUGCUGGCCAAGAUCACCGGCAAGGGUGAAAGUGGAGAUGUCGAAGAUGUGUUGGGUGUUGUCUUUGAGAAGUGA